UGAAUCUACGUCUAGACAUUCCCGACUUUCUCCCUCCCCUUCUUAAUAAAAGACAGCAUCCUCCUCUCAAGGUGUCAUUCGCUUGCUGAACUUGCCUCUCUUUCUCAGGGUGCUUGAAUCUGAAAGAUAUUCAUCAUGGCAAGCAAGAUGGUGAUUCAACAGCCUAAGCCAUUGGUAGUGUCUGCCGCAUCAGACCAGUGGAGCACCAGCAUCUGUGAAUGUGACAACGUCAAUGAAUGUUGUUUCUCUGUGUGGUGUUUCCCAUGCUUUGCCUGCAUCACAGCCAGAGACCACGGAGAAUGUCUUUGUCUCCCUCUCUUGGACAGCUGUGGCUGUAUUCCCCCAAUCACUCUCUCCAUGAGGGUUUCCACACGCAGACGCUAUGGCAUCACGGACUCUAUCUGCAAUGACUGUGUGUACUCUUACUUCUGUGGACCGUGCUCAUGGUGCCAGAUCAGACGAGAGAUGAAGGCAAGACUCCAUCCCAUCACUCUGUUCAACAACAGGCCGACCUAAAGAUCAUCAUUAUCUUCCUCACCUUCAUCAUUUUCACAGUACUUUCUCUAAAGCGCUCUUUGUCCUUAUCGGAUCACACGGUCAUGUCAGUGCUAAAAUCAAAGACUUGCUUGUUCUGUGGUUGUAAUCACAGUUUUUGAUCUUCCUCUCACAAACGCUGACCUGAGCACAUGACAAUUGUAGUGGAGUGUGUUUUACAUAUUGUUGGUGUACAGCUUUAAUCCAAGAAGUGAGGAAUUCUGAACAGAGGAUUCACAGAUUUGUAAAAAAAAAAAAAAAAAAAAAU